GCGGGAGCUGUGGGUGCUGGUGAUGGAGAAGUGGCUGGAACAGAAGAAGGUGCAGAUGGGUUUACUGCUCCUUUGGGAGGGCCGAUUCCUCCUCAUCUGGCUCUCAAAACAGAAAUGGUGUUCCUCCUCCUUCUGGAAUUGGAGGCUCUGACUAUGGGGGAACUCAGUGGGACCGCGGAGCUAAUCUGAAGGAUUACUAUUCCAGGAAGGAGGAGCAGGAGGCUCAAGCAGUAAGGGUUGUCCCCCCCCCCUUUCAGUACACAUUAUAAUUUCAGGCCGGUUGAUACAUAGAAGAUACGUCCAUAUGCUUUUUUUGGUGGGGUGGAAUUUGCCGAUCAGAAGGUUGGCGGUUCGAAUCCCGCGAUGCCGUGAGCUCCCAUUGCUCGGUCCCAGCUCCUGCCAACCUAGCAGUUCAAAAGCACAUCAAAGUGCAAGUAGAUAAUUAGGUGUACCACUACAGCGGGAAGGUAAACGCCGUUUACAUGUGCUGCUCUGGUUCGCCAGAAGCAGCUUUGUCAUGCUGGCCGCAUGACCUGGAAGCUAUACGCUGGCUCCCUCAGCCAAUAACACGAGAUGAGUGCCGCAACCGCAGAGUCGGUCACGACUGGACCUAAUGGUCAGGGGUCCCUUUACCUUUACUAUUCUUCAGGUAAAGCUCAAAUAUUUGAUAUUUUUAUCUUCUUGGUUAGCAUUUGAAGUAACUUUUGUUACUGUUACCCUUCCUUUAAUCUACGGCUAUAUUUGGGGGAUAAUGGAAUAAUUCUGGGCAUAUUACAAAAUCGAUUCUCAGGGGUUGCCUGUCAGAACAUGUGGAGUCUGCAAUACACAGAUCUAAUGAUUUAGUCAAAGUAUUGAAGUUGUUUAAUUUACUGGGUAAAUGCUUAUCUCACUUAGCUUGCACACAAGAUGAUCCAGAAAUCUUAGAGGCUGUUUCAUCUAAUACUGACGUGUAACAAAGUUAAGAGUGGCACUUGUAAACUUUAAUUACAAGACAUUUGUUUCUUACCAUCAGACUUUGGAGUCAGAAGAAGUAGACUUAAAUGCUAGUCUUCAUGGGAAUUGGACCUUAGAAAAUGCCAAGGCACGCCUGAACCAGUUUUUCCAAAAAGAGAAGAUUCAAGGAGAAUAUAAAUACACUCAAGUGGGGCCUGAUCACAACAGGUUUGCUAGGUUUUCACCUUUGUGUGGCUGAUAAUGUUGAAAUGCUUCUUGGCUGCUCUUCACUUUCAAAUGGGGAAUUUAGUUACCUUAAUGUAUACGAUGAGUAAACAAAGAUACAAUCAACUAUUUCUUUUUAAGUGGCCAAAAUCAUAUUAAUUUGUAGGGUUUAUUUCUUGCUUUCUUGGUCCAAGUUUGCAACCUGCCUUUAAUUGUUGUUGUUUUUUAAGAAAAUAAAAUAAGGUAUUUUAUCCACUUUUCUGGUAGGCAUUGAGCAGAAUCUCACGUAAGACGGUUUCUUGGGCUCAUAAGAUUACAGGGCAGAGAACUCUACUGAAGUAUCAAAAUUUUUGAAUUAUGUGAAAAGACUUCCUGCAUGUAAAAAAACCCACAUCAAGGGGUUAUGGCAGAGAGAAGCUUGUAUCUUUGAUGAAGUAAUUUUCUCUAUGGGUCAUUUUUAAAAAUGCAAUUUUCUCCAUAUGCUAUAAUGGAAUCCUAAGAGAAUUUUAUCAUGUUAUUUGUUGAUAAUAAUAAUUUUAUUAUUUAUACCCCACCCAACAGCAAGGCUGUUACUGCCAUGCUAGUUUAGAGUGAUUCCAGCUUGAUUUCUCAAUUGCACUGGCACCUAAUUGCCAUUUGCACAGCUCCCUCUGAUAGGGGAUAGAUGCCUUCUGUUAAAAAGGAAUACAUUUGAUUGUGCUUAUUUCUUGACAAAACUUAUACUCAAGAGACUAUAUGUUUAAACAAGCCUUUGAAAGGAGUCUGCCUGUCCUCAACCUCUGCUCCUUCUGCCACUUUUUCUAGCCAUAGUCCAAACUGUGUUCCCAGGAAAGCGCACUGUUCCCUAAUGGCAGCUGCUAUUUGUCAGUCUCUCUAAUCUACCAUUGCCAGGAGUGGAACAUAGCCCCCAUAGAGCUGCAUUCUCUCUGCUGAGAACAUAGUUUUGUGUUUUGGCAACUGCCCGCCCCAUUUCUCUCCUUCCUCUCAAGGAACUGUUACCAUUGUUUGACUUCAGCUUUCCAGAGAACAGCCAGUCUUCCGGCUACAGUGCUGCUUUUGAAGCUGAGUUUGCAAGAGGUCUGUAUUUUAGUGUCCUAUAUUUGCACUUGAAGAACAGAAACAGGCCUGGUGACACACUUCCAGGGCAAGGAGGCAAUUCCCCUGUGUGUGAUCCCUUCUGGCUAGCAAAACAACAGCAACAAGAAAGCUGUGUCACUUCAACAACUGUCUCUGAAAAUUUCAAAAGCCAGGAGCAGCUGAUACCAUCUGCUUCAUGAAAUCUAUGAGACUCCAGGAGUAUCCUCUUUAAGGAAGAAAUUGGAAGAUAAAGCUGUAGAGUGAAAGAUGUUUCUUUUUAAAAGAAAAAAGGCCACCCAAUUUUAACUCUGUAAAUGCUUUGAGAAUAUGCCUUUUAUGUCAAGGGUGGAAAAGGGCACAUGCUGCAGUUAUAGCUAGUGUUCACGGCAACAAUACUUACGGUUUCUUGUGUCUCUCUUGAAAACACCACCAGGUGUGCGAGAAAAGGCAGUGCAAUAGGGGAGAACCAGGAAGCCAAGGACCUCUCUCCUUCUGGCUCCAAUGAUAUCCAUAGUUGAUUGGGCUGAAUACGUUCCAUAUGAACUGGGUCAUUAUGUAAUCAGAAUCAGAUUUAAUUUCUGGCUUUAAGUGUACUUUGUGACAUUACUUUUUUCUUCCAGCUUCCAGUGGAGAUAAUUGCUUUGAAUACGCAAAACAUUGUCAGGGUUGCCAUCUUUUUACUGGCCCUACUGGGUGUUAAAUCAGUAGCCUGGCAUGCAGUAAUCACUUCGGUAAAGCUUCACUAUGCCAGGAGAAACUUCACCUGCUUAAUUUCUGCAUGACAGACUAGAAUACAAAAGAGCGGUACUGGUAAAAAGCUGGAAGCCCUAAUUUUGAAUGCUUUGGAAGGUGUUAAUUACAGAAUAUUUUUCUACCCAACUGUUGUGGAAGUUGUACUUCUCUGGAAUGUGACUUCCAAUCCGUUUGCUUGAUAAAGAUGGGAGCAGUACGUUUCUCAGCCUGCUUGCUAUUUUCCAGAGAGCAUUCCAGGGUGUAGAACUUGUUACUCCCAGGAAGGCUCGGAUAGAUCACUUGUGUCUGCAGGGAAGCAAAAAGAUGUUUUUGAAAACAUGCUGUGAUAUAUCCAAUGGUUUUGAUCAUGCAUCCCCAAACUUCGACCCUCCAGAUGUUUUGGACUACAAUUCCCAUCAUCCCUGACCACUGGUCCUGUUAGCUAGGGAUCAUGGGAGUUGUAGGCCCAAACAUCUGGAGGGCCGCAGUUUGGGGAUGCCUGGUUUAGAUAUAUCUAAAAUUUAAACUUGCUUAGUAGUAAGAAGGUGGAAUGCACAGUUUAUGUAGCCUGUGCAGUGCAGUGCACCUAGAGCAGUGUUUCCCAAACUUGGGUCUCCAGCUGUUUUUGGACUGCAACUCCUAUAAUCCCUAGCUAGCAAGACCAGUGGUCAGGGAUGGUGGGAAUUGUAGUCUAGCAACAGCUGGAGACCCAAGUUUGGGAAACACUGUUCUAGAGGAUGACUGCAGUUUCGCAGACAAAAAUUCUGAGAAAGCAUAGUUUGGUUGUAUUGGUAAGUUUUGAUGUUUCAUUUUUAGUGUUACAAAAACUUCUGCUUCCAGUUUUAGAAUAAAUUAUAUCAAAUUCUGCUAUCCCAUCUUUUAAAGUGCCAGCUGCCUGGUUCUAUCCUGAUUUGUGCAGACCCAACUUGUCCCAAUUCUAAAGGCCCUCCUCCCAACACCAGUUUUGUUUUAAACGCAUCUAACAUGGAACUCUGAUAGACUUAAAAUGGAAGCAGAUUCCCAAACCAACCUAUUUAAAAAUUUUAACGAAAAAAAGUUUAGGUACCGGUACUGGAAACAUUGGAAAUACUAUUUUUUGCUCAUCUAAAGAAUUUCUAUCCCAUUUUUAUAAAUAUAAAUAUGUUUCCUUUGGGUAGUCAUAUAAAAAGCUAAUUGCAACUUUGCAACUGGCCAUUUGGGCUAAUACUGUGUCUGUUCAUUAUGUGAUUCAUUUUGUGAAAAUUAAGAAGUGGAUUUCCCAUGGACAAAUACAGCAGGGAUUUUUUUUAAAAAAAAUCCACAUUAUAGAUGAGAGUUGGUACCAUGCCUUCCUGGCAUUACAUUUGUGAUUGGAUGUUGCUUUCCAGAAACUGGUUUGGGAAUAUAUAAUUCUAAACACGAGCAUGCUUUCCUUGCGCACAAACAGGGUGCUCUGUCAGAUGGCAGGAUGGGAAGAUGACUCCAUAGCAGCAUUGCAGGUUAAGCUCCAGGCUGAAAGGGGUGGCCAACUGCAACACCAGAGAUUUUUGCUCAUUCACACAUGUGCUGCUGCUUAGGCUGUACUAAGCAAUCACAUGGGGAUCUAUUGUAAAUUGAUUUCUGGUGUUGCUGUUCCCCCCUCAGGUGGAGGAGAAUGAAUUGAGUGCUGGAUAUAAGCCUGGCUGAGAAACAUACUGGCAUCGGUGUCAUUAAUGAAAGGGUGGCUGUUGUGUCCCUGAGAGCCAGUGGCCUUUUGACUCAUGAAGCCGCUGUGCCUGAAGGUCAGUUCACUGGUGGUUUAGGAAGAGGCCUCUGAGCAUAAUCUAACUUCUCUUGUUUGCAGUGAGAUAUCAAAACCUUGACCUAGUUGCAGGUAUAAUGUGACCUUCUUGCAACACAGCAGAAAUGCUGAGGGCAAUUCCACCUAUUAAAGUAGAAGGAGACAUCAACAAAUUUUAAAACCCAGUUUGAGUUAAUUACCAUUCCCAAGCAAAUUAUUUAGACAUGUUUUUUUUUUAAAAAAACACCCUGAUCGUUCUUACACACGUUUACAUCCCACUCAGUUAAAUGAGUAACUUUCUGAGGACUGUCACCCAAACUUCAUUGGUAAUAGGUGUAUACAUUGUAACAUAAACAUAUUUAGGACUAUAGCCUUGUCCAUUUGAACCUCACGUAAAUGACCAAGGUAUUUGUGGAAACUAAACCAACUGAUCACACUCCAAAGCAGGUAAAAAUAAGAGCCACGUGAAGCUGUGAACUUGCUACCUUGGACAGUAGUUCCAACCUCAGCUAUAUUUUUUCCUAGAUAGCUUGUUGAGGGAAGUGCUGCCUUUACUGUUGCCUAUUUUGCCAGAUUAGUCAUAUUUUGGCUCCUUUUGGGGCAAAAGCCUGCACUUGCAGAUGUGAGGCUGAGAUAGGCAAAAUCCUAAGUGGAGUGUUUUUAAUCUGGUUCUAUGGGUUUUGUACAGUGUGUUUCUAUUCUGCAAAUUAAUCCUGUAAUUUUUUUAGUCUAAUUAAUUUUUUGUUCUCAGUGGGCUCCUAUUAAUUUGGAAGCUUCUGAUUUGCCCAUUCUUUUUAACUAGCAAGACAUACAGAUUAUAAAUUAAUCUCUUAAGAACACCUUAACCUUUAAAACAUGGUGAGAACAUAUGUGCUUGGAAAGAGCUGCUCAUAUUACAGUAACUUUACAGCGAAGUCAUUGCAUUUUUUAAAAGUGCUAAUCGUGUGGAGUUAACUGUGAAAGUUUGACUUUUAUUGGGCUUUGCUUAAUGGAAAAGGCCUGGCUAUGUUGGAGGUGCUUCGUUUGAUCUCCCUCAAGAACUAAAGCCCUAAUACUCUGCUUUCUGUAUGUGUUGCAGGAGCUUUAUUGCAGAAAUGACCAUUUAUGUCAAAAAGCCGGCUAGAAGAAUCUAUGCUCGUGAGCAUGGCUCAAACAAAAAGCUGGCAGCACAGUCCUGUGCUUUGUCUUUGGUCAGGCAGCUCUAUCACUUGAACAUCAUUGAGGCUUACUCUGGACAGACCAAGAAGAAGGAAGGUGAAUCGGUGGAGCCUUACCAAGUCAACAUCACUUCAGAUUUAGAAUAUCAAUUGCAAAGCAUUGUUGAGGAGAUGUGUCUUGAAACGGUUCCACCGCCUGAAGAUCCCAACUUUCCUGCUGUACUCAACAUUGGAAAGUUGGCCCAUUUUGAACCAUCGCAGAAACAGAAUCAAACGGGGGUUGUGCCAUGGUCACCCCCUCAGUCAAACUGGAAUCCGUGGACUAGCUGCAACAUUGAUGAGGGUCCUCUGGCAUACGCUACACCAGAACAGAUAAGCAUUGACCUAAAAAGUAACCUCAUGUAUCAGCUGGAAAAUGAUCAGGAACUGCAAAAAAUUCUUCAAGAGAGGGAAACCCUGCCUGUGAAAAAGUUUGAGCGAGAGAUUCUGGAUGCCAUCCACCAAAAUUCUGUUGUCAUCAUCCGUGGGGCAACAGGCUGUGGCAAAACCACACAGGUUCCACAGUACAUCCUGGAUGAAUUUAUCCACAGUGGAAGAGCUGCUGAGUGUAAUGUGGUUGUGACUCAGCCCAGGCGGAUCAGUGCUGUUUCUGUGGCAGAACGAGUCUCCUACGAGAGAGGAGAAGAACCUGGAAAUAGCUGUGGUUAUAGUGUCCGCUUUGAAUCGGUGCUUCCCCGGCCCCAUGCCAGUAUGAUGUUCUGCACUGUAGGUGUCCUCUUGAGAAAGCUAGAAGCUGGCAUCCGUGGAAUCAGUCAUGUUAUUGUGGAUGAAAUCCAUGAGAGAGACAUUAAUACUGACUUCCUAUUGGUGGUUCUGCGGGACGUCAUUCAGACCUACCCUGAAAUCAGAGUGAUCCUCAUGUCCGCCACCAUUGAUACCACCAUGUUCUGUGAAUACUUCUUUAAUUGCCCCAUCAUUGAGGUCUUUGGCAGGACCUACCCUGUUCAAGAGUAUUUUCUGGAAGACUGCAUUCAGAUGACUAAAUUCAUUCCUCCGCCAAAGGACAAAAAGAAGAAGGAUAAAGAUGAAGAUGGUGGUGAAGAUGAUGAUGCCAAUUGCAACCUUAUCUGUAGUGAUGAAUAUGGCCCAGAAACGAAGCGCCGCAUGGCCCAGCUGAAUGAGAAGGAGACCCCCUUUGAGCUCAUUGAGGCCUUGCUGAAGUAUAUCGAGACCCUGAAUGCACCAGGAGCAGUCCUUGUUUUCUUGCCUGGCUGGAAUCUGAUCUACACCAUGCAGAAAUACCUGGAAAUGAAUCCCCACUUUGGAAGCCAGAGGUACAGAAUACUUCCCCUGCAUUCCCAGAUUCCCCGAGAGGAGCAACGCAAAGUAUUUGACCCAGUGCCCCCUGCAAUGACCAAAGUAAUUUUAUCUACCAACAUUGCAGAGACGAGUAUUACCAUUAAUGAUGUCGUCUACGUUAUUGACUCUUGCAAGCAAAAGGUGAAGCUCUUCACUGCUCACAACAACAUGACCAACUAUGCCACUGUGUGGGCUUCAAAAACUAACCUGGAACAGCGGAAAGGACGGGCUGGUCGUGUCCGCCCUGGCUUCUGUUUCCACCUUUGCAGCAGAGCUCGCUUUGAACGACUUGAGACUCAUAUGACUCCAGAGAUGUUCCGAACACCGCUACAUGAAAUUGCUUUGAGCAUCAAACUGCUACGACUGGGAGGGAUUGGCCAGUUCCUGGCCAAAGCUAUAGAGCCACCUCCUUUGGAUGCAGUGAUUGAAGCAGAGCACACACUCAGAGAGCUUGAUGCCUUGGACUCCAAUGAUGAACUGACACCUCUUGGGCGAAUUUUAGCUAGACUGCCCAUUGAACCUCGCCUUGGGAAGAUGAUGAUAAUGGGGUGUAUUUUCUAUGUGGGAGAUGCUGUAUGUACCAUCUCUGCAGCCACCUGCUUCCCUGAACCAUUCAUUAGCGAGGGAAAGAGGCUGGGUUACGUUCACAGAAAUUUUGCUGGAAAUCGGUUUUCUGAUCAUGUGGCCCUCCUGUCAGUUUUCCAAGCCUGGGAUAAUGCCAGACUGGGUGGGGAAAAUGCAGAGAUACGUUUCUGUGAACACAAGAGACUCAACAUGGCUACUCUGAGAAUGACUUGGGAAGCCAAAGUGCAGUUGAAAGAUAUUCUUGUCAACUCUGGAUUCCCAGAAGAAUGUUUGAUGACCCAGAUAUUUAACAACACUGGACCGGAUAACAGCCUAGACGUUGUCAUCUCUCUGCUGGCCUUUGGCUUGUAUCCCAAUGUCUGUUUCCACAAGGAGAAGAGGAAGAUUCUAACUACUGAAGGCCGCAAUGCACUUAUCCACAAGUCUUCUGUUAACUGUCCAUUUAGCAGUCAGGACAUGAAGUAUCCUUGUCCAUUUUUUGUCUUUGGAGAAAAGAUCCGGACACGAGCCAUCUCUGCCAAAGCAAUGACCUUAGUGAGCCCUUUGCAGCUGCUUCUCUUUGGCUCCAAGAAAGUUGUAUCAGAUGGAGAGAUUAUUAUGUUGGAUGACUGGAUCAAACUGCGUAUGCCUCACAACGCAGCUGCCUGUAUCGCUGCGUUGCGUGCAGCAAUGGAAGCCCUUGUGGUGGAAGUAACUAAGAAUCCAGAAAUCAUCAGCGACCUAGACCCAAUGAACAAAAACAUGCUGAAUGUAAUUUGGGAAAUCUCCAAACCAUUAGCUGCUGGCAUCAACCUCUCAGCAGGCACUAUGAGGUAUGGUGAUGGACCUCGCCCCCCCAAAAUGGCUCGAUAUGACAAUGGAGGUGGCUAUAGAGGUGGCAGUGGUUACAGAGGUGGCGGCGGCUACAGGGGUGGAUAUGGAAGUGGUUACCAGUCUUACUCUGGGGGAAGGGGAUAUUCCAGUGGUGCUGGGGGAGGUGGCUUUCGAGGUGGUGGAGGCUUUCAAGGAUACCAAAGUGGAGGAAACAGAGGGGGUGGGUUUAGAGGCAGGUGGGGGUGGUAGGGGUGGAACAAUUUUGGGUGGAACCCAAAAAUAAUUAUGCAUGAUCUUGUUUUUCCCCAUGUUCCUUUGCUUGUAAUGCAGAAGUGUUUCUAGUCCUAGAGUUCACAAAGGAUUGAAACUUUAAUUUGAUAUAAUAAAUAAACAGAUUGCUAUGAUACUCUUCCAUGAUGUGUUCGUUUUGAUCUUAAUAGAACAAGUUAUUUGUUUUUAAAUAGAUUCAUAAAUUUUGCACUUAGAAGCAUCAUAAAUUAACUCAAGUCUUAACAGCCUUCCAUAUUUUUAGAGGCCAUCUCCUGCCACCCAGAAGUGCUCUGUUUGAUAUAAUUUAACUGCAAAAACAGUGGAGAAUGCCGUUUCAUAGGUUUUGUACAUAGCCUCUAUGAUGUAGUUCAGGGAAAGCAAACAUGGUGAACUCCCAUCCACAUGGGAUUCCGGGAUUAUGGGAGUAGUAGUUCAGCAACAUCUGGACAGCACUACAUUGCCUACCCCUGGUGUAGUUCAUAGAAUUGGAGUUGGAAGAGACCACAAGGGCCAUCCAGUCCAGCCCCCUGCCAAGCAGGAAACACCAUCAAAGCAUUUCUGACAUAUGGCUGUCAAGCCUCUGCUUAAAGACCUCCAAAGGAGGAGACCCCACCACACUCCUUGGCAGCAAAUUCCACUGCCGAACAGCUCUUACUGACAGGAAGUACUGUCAGGAAGUUGGUCAUAUUUGGUCCAAGUCUUCCACCACGGCUCAAAACAUCUUCACUUGCUUCAUAGCCUCCAGCUUCUCAAGGAACUGGAGUCCUAGGAAGUGGGAGAGGAUGCUGGGGAGGUAGAUCAGAGCAGUGACAGAGCGAUAGCCAUAAUCUCUUACCUCAUUCUCUAAAGAACUUGAGAAUUCAAUAGAGCCCAUCAGUUUCUACAUCUGGGCCUGCACAGGUACAUUUCCAUGGCAUGCGCAACUUUGAAGAAGUACUAUCCUAGGCCUCUUAAGAAAGCUAGGUUUUUUCUCAUCACUAUCUCUUUUUGACAUCUUGUUGGGGAAAUAAAACUAUGGUGAUAGUUAUGCUGAAACUAAGUAUUUUUUGCAUAUAAGAUGCCCUCAUGUAUAAGACGACCCCCUUUUUUAAAACCCAAAAUUAAUAAAUUGGGCCAGAGCCAGAACCUGAACCAGCAUGGGCUGCCCGCACCAGAACCCCUGUGCAUUCACCAUCCAUGUAUAAGACAACCCCCAAUUUU